GCGCGGCCCGCGCCGACGCAGCACGGCCCCGAGGGCGCAAGCCCGCCGCCGCCGCCGCCGCCGCCGGGCUGGGACCGCUGUGCGCCCGCGGCCUGAGCUGUGGGAGGGGGCGCCGCCCCUGCGUCCGCCGCGCCGCCUCGCGGUGUCUGCCCUCGCGUCCGGCGCCAGCGCGGUCCGAAAAUUUACCCUGACCUGUGUCUGCAGAGCGCGGGUGGCAGCGCCACCUGCUUCGGAAGCCCUUGCACCCCGGCUCAGAGGGAGCGACGCCAGGGCGGCGUGGCGGUUCUCUGAGGACUAUGCAAUGAGGAAAGAGGAACUAGGAGCCUUUCCUUUAAACUGAAGUUUGAUUUCUUCGCAGAGUUACCGUGGCCUUCGGAUCUAAAAGCUGUAAGGAGUGGCGUGGCCAGCUUCCAGACAGCCUUCGCCCAGAUUCCGCGGCUGUUAGCAUUUGGGACGCUCGUCUGCACAACCCCCCCCGCCCCCCCGCCCCCCCGCCCCAGCUGCGGCUGCAGAUGUGCCCGCAGAGCCCUCGGAGCCUAAGUGAAAUGUAGUGCCUCCCUCAGCUUCCCCAGAGUUGCUUCUGCGCGAGAGGAGGGAGAGCGUACGGCGGUUGUUGGAAGCUGCAAGGACUGCGAGUAAUACCGUCACCUUUUGGAAGUAUGACAGAUACAUAGCAUCUAGCAAAAUAAUGGCAGCUGCUUACCUUGACCCAAACUUGAAUCAUACACCGAAUUCGUGUACCAAGACUCACCUGGGCGCCGGCGCGGAGCGGUCCCCCGGGGCAAUGGAGCGGGUGUUGAAAGUCUUUCAUUACUUUGAAAACAGCAGCGAACCAGCUACUUGGGCCAGUAUUAUCAGGCACGGGGAUGCGACUGACGUCCGGGGCAUCAUUCAGAAGAUAGUGGACAGUCACAAAGUAAAGCACGUGGCCUGCUAUGGAUUUCGCCUCAGUCACCUGCGGUCAGAGGAGGUUCACUGGCUCCAUUUGGAUAUGGGUGUCUCCAAUGUGAGGGAGAAGUAUGAACUUGCACACCCACCAGAGGAGUGGAAAUAUGAAUUGAGAAUUCGUUAUUUGCCAAAAGGAUUUCUAAACCAGUUUACUGAAGACAAGCCAACUCUGAAUUUCUUCUACCAACAGGUCAAGAGCGACUACAUGUCAGAGGUGGCUGACCGUGUGGACCAGGACAUUGCUCUGAAGCUGGGCUGUCUGGAAAUCCGGCGCUCAUACUGGGAGAUGCGAGGCAACGCGCUGGAGAAGAAGUCCAACUACGAAGUGUUGGAAAAAGAUGUUGGUUUGAAGCGAUUUUUUCCUAGGAGUUUACUGGAUUCUGUCAAGGCCAAAACGCUACGGAAGCUGAUCCAACAGACGUUUAGACAGUUUGCCAACCUUAACAGAGAAGAAAGUAUUCUGAAAUUCUUUGAGAUCCUCUCCCCGGUGUAUAGAUUCGAUAAAGAAUGCUUCAAGUGUGCUCUGGGUUCAAGCUGGAUUAUCUCAGUGGAACUGGCAAUUGGCCCUGAAGAAGGCAUCAGUUACCUCACAGACAAGGGCUGCAAUCCCACACAUCUGGCCGACUUCAAUCAAGUGCAGACCAUUCAGUACUCGAACAGUGAAGACAAGGACAGGAAAGGGAUGCUGCAGCUGAAAAUCGCCGGCGCGCCCGAGCCUCUGACAGUGACAGCGCCGUCCCUAACCAUCGCCGAGAAUAUGGCGGACUUGAUAGAUGGGUACUGCCGGCUGGUGAACGGGGCCACACAGUCUUUUAUCAUCAGACCCCAGAAAGAAGGCGAACGGGCUUUGCCAUCGAUACCAAAGCCGGCCAACAGCGAGAAGCAAGGCGUGCGGACACACGCGGUCUCUGUGUCAGGAGUCAGUCCCCGCCAGCAUAAAGUUAAGAAAGCUAGGCGCUUUCUCCCUUUGGUCUUCUGUUCCCAUGAACCUUCUACCGAUGAAAUUAGUGGGGACGAAACGGAUGAUUAUGCUGAGAUCAUAGACGAAGAAGACACCUACACCAUGCCCUCGAAAAGCUAUGGAAUAGAUGAAGCCAGGGAUUAUGAGAUUCAGAGAGAAAGAAUCGAGCUUGGACGGUGCAUCGGGGAAGGCCAGUUUGGAGACGUCCAUCAAGGCGUCUACAUGAGCCCAGAGAACCCAGCGCUGGCGGUUGCAAUUAAAACAUGUAAAAACUCUACUUCGGACAGCGUGAGAGAGAAAUUCCUUCAAGAAGCCUUGACGAUGCGGCAGUUCGACCACCCUCACAUUGUGAAGCUGAUCGGCGUCAUCACGGAGAACCCCGUCUGGAUAAUCAUGGAGCUGUGCACGCUCGGAGAGCUGAGGUCAUUUCUGCAAGUAAGGAAGUACAGUUUGGAUCUGGCGUCUCUGAUCCUCUAUGCCUAUCAACUUAGUACAGCUCUCGCAUAUCUGGAGAGCAAAAGAUUUGUGCACAGGGACAUUGCUGCUCGGAACGUUCUGGUGUCCUCAAAUGAUUGUGUAAAACUAGGAGACUUUGGAUUAUCCCGAUACAUGGAAGACAGUACUUACUACAAAGCUUCCAAAGGAAAAUUGCCAAUUAAGUGGAUGGCUCCAGAGUCCAUCAAUUUUCGACGUUUUACCUCAGCUAGUGAUGUGUGGAUGUUUGGUGUGUGUAUGUGGGAGAUACUGAUGCACGGCGUGAAGCCCUUUCAAGGAGUGAAGAACAACGACGUGAUCGGUCGGAUUGAGAAUGGGGAGAGGCUGCCGAUGCCGCCAAACUGCCCUCCGACCCUCUACAGCCUUAUGACGAAAUGCUGGGCCUAUGACCCCAGCAGGCGGCCCCGGUUCACUGAGCUCAAAGCUCAGCUCAGCACAAUCCUGGAGGAGGAGAAGGUCCAGCAGGAAGAGCGAAUGAGGAUGGAGUCCAGAAGACAGGUCACCGUGUCCUGGGACUCCGGAGGGUCCGACGAAGCGCCGCCCAAGCCCAGCAGACCCGGUUACCCCAGUCCAAGGUCCAGCGAAGGAUUUUACCCCAGUCCUCAGCACAUGGUACAGACCAAUCAUUAUCAGGUCUCUGGCUAUCCUGGAUCCCAUGGGGUCACGGCCAUGGCUGGCAGCAUCUACCCGGGCCAGGCAUCUCUCUUGGACCAGACGGACUCCUGGAAUCACAGAGCGCAGGAGAUAUCAAUGUGGCAGCCCAGCGUGGAGGACUCGGCGGCGCUGGACCUGCGCGGGAUCGGGCAGGUGUUGCCGACCCACCUGAUGGAGGAGCGGCUGAUCCGGCAGCAGCAGGAGAUGGAGGAAGAUCAGCGCUGGCUGGAAAAGGAGGAGAGGUUUCUGAAACCCGACGUCCGGCUCUCUCGAGGCAGUAUUGACAGGGAGGACGGAAGCCUCCAGGGCCCGACUGGAAACCAGCACAUCUAUCAGCCUGUGGGGAAACCAGAUCCUGCAGCUCCGCCAAAGAAACCGCCACGGCCUGGGGCCCCCGGUCACCUGGGCAGCCUUGCCAGCCUCAGCAGCCCCGGGGACAGUUACAACGAGGGUGUCAAGCUUCAGCCCCAGGAAAUCAGCCCCCCGCCCACUGCCAACCUGGACCGGUCCAAUGACAGGGUGUACGAGAAUGUGACGGGCCUGGUGAAGGCUGUCAUCGAAAUGUCCAGCAAGAUCCAGCCAGCCCCACCAGAGGAGUACGUUCCCAUGGUGAAGGAAGUCGGCCUGGCCCUGCGGACAUUACUGGCCACCGUGGACGAGACCCUUCCGGUCCUGCCAGCCAGCACUCACCGAGAGAUCGAGAUGGCCCAGAAGCUGUUGAACUCCGACCUGGGCGAGCUCAUCAAUAAGAUGAAACUGGCUCAGCAGUGUGUCAUGACCAGCCUCCAACAGGAGUAUAAGAAGCAGAUGCUGACCGCUGCGCACGCCCUAGCUGUGGACGCCAAAAACUUGCUGGACGUCAUUGACCAAGCGAGACUGCGGAUGCUCGGGCCCACGAGGCCGCACUGAGGGCGCUCUCCGCGGACGUUCUCCGGCCUUCCACCAGCAUGAGGGGCCCCGGGUCCUCGGCCGCCGGCACGCGCCGCGCCAACGGCUGUGACUGACAGCUGGUUGAAAGCUCUUUCAUUUCAAUUUAACCACAUUUGAUUUGAGUUCAGUUUUUUUGUCUCUUUCUUUUCUUUCUUCUUCUUCUUUUUUUUUUUAAUCAUGGCGUUCAGAAAAGUCCAGGAUCCAAAACGUGGCAUUUUUCUGAGAAUGAAAAUUGUUCAUGAGACGCUUUUAAGAAUCUUGAAGAACAGAUGGUGUUCACGUUAGGGUGUUUCCGUGGAAGCGGCCCCGGCGGUGGUGUGCGGACCCGAACCAGCCCGGCGAUGUGUUGGGAGGCGGGGAGACGGGGCGGAGAAUGCCGGGAGACCCGAGGGGCUGGGAAUUCUUCGGCGAGCUGCGGAGCCGCGGCCGGACUCCAGUCUCUGUUGGGAGAGCGUUCUUGAGUCGCCGUCUGCUAGCACCGCUUUAAGAGAAGGAAUGUCAGAGCUAUAUUUUGAAGACUUGAGUCGUUUCAGAAAAAAGCAACCACCCUUUUGUCUUUCCUGCCUUUUACUUUCCUGUCGGAUAUGUGAAGAUUUGGUUGGAAGCUAGCUGUAGAACACACUAAAAACCUUGUCUUUUUUCACCAGAAUAAUGUGCCAGUUUUUUGUAGCAAUGUUACUUCUCUUGGAAGCAGAAAUGCUUUGUACCAGAGCACCUCCGAGCUGCGCUGAGAAGAGGUUCUGGAACCAACCCUGUUUUCCAGUUUUAUAUAAUUUAUAAAGAAAGAUUGAAGCCAUGUUGACUCUCUCGCAGCCACUGGAGCUGACUAACCCUUCAUCAUGUCUGUCUUCCCAGCGGAGAAUUAAGCAAAGCAGAGAUUCGGUUUUCUUUUGAUGUCCAGUUACACCAUCCAUUCUGUUAAAUAAUUUUGAAAAAUAUGCCCUCCCUUUAGUUUGUCGGGGGAUAUAAAUUAUUCUCAGGAAGAAUAUAAUGAACCGUACAGUUACUUUGACCUAUUAAAAAGGUGUUACCAGUAAA